AUGAACGAGGCGACCGCUCUUUGGGCAGGGUUGGCUCUGUGCCUCGGCCUCGUCACCUACCUCAGUCUCAGCCAGCGCCAACGCGAGUUGAUCGCCAGAAGGUUCUCAAUCCGAGGACGACGAGCCUCUGCGGCAAAUACACCCCCGCGAUCCUUGUCGCCCGAAAAGAAGGUCCCUACCAAUGCGGCACCCAGAUCCAACGAGUAUGCCAGUAUUUUCCCGCCAUCCCCACGCGACACUCUCGAGCAGAUCGCGCCUACAUUGACACCCUCCCAACGCGAACAACUUGGUGAUCUUGACUUUGAUGACAAGACUUUCCAGCAUAACAUUAUAGGCUGGGAAGAAGAUUUCCGAACCUGUGAUGAGUCAAAGUACAUCGCCAGCGGCUUCUCUGUCAAGGAAGUCAGAGCCCUCGGCGACUUCCCUGACUAUUCGCUACUAAGUGGUGUACCUAAACCAGAACCGUACACGGAGUUUGAUAUCAACAAGGCCAUUCCGCGACCUUAUCGUCCCUUCAGAUGGGGCUAUCAUCAGACCAUGUCCUUGACCAAGUUGGAGCCAGACUGGUGGAUCGAGCUGGAAAACACAUACAAAGACCGUAUCGCUCAGCGUAAGGCACUCUAUGCGAAGCAUGGCGAGUCGGUGCUUGCGUGGCUGCCUGGCUCCGAGCUCGCCUGCAAAGAGCUCAUGGAGAUGGUCUUGCAAUAUGUGACCCUUCGUUAUCCUCACUAUUUCACCCUCGAUCAGGACAAGAAGAUCUUCGAGAACAAGAUUCUUGGCACAAUGCAAGAUGUCAGCAAGAAGCAUCCGAUAUUGGUCCUUCUGGACAACAUUCCCGAGGAUUUUGGCAUAAUGCUUCGUAAUCCGGAUACAGGGUAUUAUCACCUCCGAGCGGGCAUUAUUUGUUCGGCCUUGGGUUGGAACGUCGGCACAAAGCUUGGGCUCCAGCUGCAUCAAAUACAUGCGCCAAUUCCGGAUUACAAGGAGAAGAUGCAAUUCAGCAUGGACAGAUUCUUCACCAAGAUGCCUGCAAACAAGCCGAUCCAGCGUGGCUCGUGGGGCCUUGAAGUCGACCAGCCACUGUACAUGCCUCCAGGAGACCCACACGAGAAGUACCGUGACUUUCAGUCUCCAGACCUGACCGUCGACCGCUGCCAUCUGCGCGUAGAUUGGCAAACACUCCGCCGCCUACCCCUAUCGGCAAGCAUCGUGUUCAAUUUCAAGGCCGUCUUCACCCCGGUGAAAGAUUUCCGAGAUGAGCCUUACGUGCCUAGCCUCAUUCUCAAGGUCCUGCGGGAAGGCAAAGAAAACCUCAUGAAGUACAAAAAUACGUGGCACACCGAACAUGUGGUAAUUCCAGCGCUUGACGCCUAUGAGAAAGAGCAGAUAGAGCAAGGCAUCAUUGAAAAGGGCUGGGAGCCCAAGACACUGGAAGAGUCGCCGUGGUACCCGGGGUGGCAGGAAAAGUGGCGUGCCCGACAGGGUUUCUAA